AUGAAUUCUAUAAGUUGGUAUUUCAUUGUUCUUCUGUUUUCUUUAUCCUUAACAUGUUCAUCAGCAAGCACACUUGAUGAUGAUACUAACAAUAACGAAAACUUGGUGGAAUGCCUUUAUCAAUAUUCGAAUAAUUCAACAUCAACAUCUAAGCUUGUUUACACCAAAUCCAACUCAUCCUACUCAUCCGUACUCCAAUUCUCCAUUCAAAACCUGAGAUUCGAAACGAACACAACGUCAAAGCCCCUUGUAAUCGUAACACCCUCAGAAAUAUCCCAAAUCCAAGCCACAAUCAUAUGUUCGAAACGCCAUGGCAUGCAGAUUAGAACUCGAAGCGGCGGCCAUGACUAUGAAGGCCUCUCAUACGUUUCAGAAGUUCCGUUCGUCAUCAUUGACCUCAUCAACUUGAGUGAGAUCCACGUGGACGCAGAUAACCGUACUGCAUGGGUCCAAGCUGGUGCAACUAUUGGUCAACUUUACUAUGCAAUCAGCCAAAAAAGCAAAACCCUAGGAUUUCCCGCCGCCGUGUGCUCCACCGUAGGAGUUGGUGGGCAAUUCAGUGGUGGCGGCUAUGGAUUCUUGAUGCGUAAAUACGGCCUCGCUGCUGAUAACAUCAUCGAUGCUCACAUUAUUGAUGUCAAUGGUAGAUUACUUGACAGGGAAGCCAUGGGUGAGGAUCUCUUUUGGGCCAUUAGAGGUGGCGGUGGAGCAAGCUUUGGAGUAAUAAUUUCAUGGAAGAUACAGCUAGUUACGGUUCCAUCAACUGUAACAGUGUUCAGAGUCGCAAGAACUCGAGAACAAAACGCAACUGAGCUUGUUCAUAAGUGGCACCUUGUGGCAAAUAAACUAGACGACAACCUAACCAUCAGGAUCAUCUUGCAGAGACUGAACUCAUCAUCAUCAAGUAAUAAACAAGGGAGUUUAACAGUACAAGCCACAUUUGAAUCCAUGUUUCUUGGAACUGUGGAUGAACUCAUUCCACUGGUGCAAGAACGCUUCCCUGAAUUGGGUUUGCUUAAACAAGAUUGCUCUGAGAUGAGUUGGAUCCAAUCAGUGCUUUACCUGGGUGGUUUCUCAAGCAAUGAAUCCCCUCAAGUGUUGCUGAACAGAACUCAAUCUUCUGUGUUUUAUUUCAAAGGGAAAUCAGAUUAUGUGACGGUUCCAAUUCCUGAGUCAGGUGUAGAAGGUUUGUGGCCUCUGUUUUAUGAAGAUGAGGCACAAUAUGCACUCAUGAUAUUCAAUCCAUACGGGGGAAGAAUGGAUGAGAUUCCAGAAUCUGAGAUUCCGUUCCCACAUAGAGCUGGGAACAUAUGUAAGAUUCAGCAUAUAGUGUAUUGGGUAGAGGAGGGGGAUGACGUGGCAGAAAGGCAUAUGAAUUGGAUUAGAAGGGUUUAUAGUUACAUGGAACCUUUUGUGUCAAAGUCCCCUAGAGCUGCAUAUGUCAAUUAUAGAGACCUUGACAUUGGGGUCAAUAACAAAAAUGGCUACACAAGUUAUAAGAAAGCUAGCGUUUGGGGUCUUAAGUAUUUCAAGAAUAAUUUCAAUAGAUUGGCACAUGUGAAGACCAAGGUUGAUCCUCUUAACUUCUUUAGAAAUGAACAAAGUAUACCUUCUCUUUUGCCUCUGGGACGCAAAUAG